UUCCCUAUGUUAGUAAAACAAUCUUUGGCCUUGCAUCUUGCAACUCUCACUCUUAUCUUUCUGCAUCUCCUCAACCCCUUCUUGUUAUGUCUUCUACAAUUCUACCAUUUCAGUUACUAACCCCUAAAUCCACCAUCAUCCCCACCUCAAACCCACCUUUCAAAACCUUAACUUUUCCUCAUUUUUCAUCAUGUCUCUCUCACACAAACAAGAUUUCAGUCAUUUCACCUCACAAAUUAGCCCAUUUUGCUGCCCACACCUCAGAUUGGUCACAACAAGUCACACAAGAAAGUGAAAAAGAAGAAGACGUAGAAGAAGAAUCAUAUUCAGAGCCACCUGAGGACGCAAAGAUUUUUGUGGGUAAUUUGCCUUAUGAUCUUGACAGUGAGAAAUUGGCUGAGCUCUUUAGUUCUUCUGGAGUUGUUGAGAUUGCUGAGGUGAUUUAUAAUAGGGAUACUGAACAGAGUAGAGGGUUUGGGUUUGUGACAAUGAGUACAGUUGAAGAAGCUGAGAAAGCUGUGGACACUUUCAAUGGAUAUGAUUUAAGUGGGAGGCUUCUUACCGUAAACAAAGCUGCACCAAGAGGUUCACAACCGGAAAGACGGGUAGUAGCAAGUUCGUUUAAAAUCUACAUGGGUAAUCUGGCAUGGCAGGUGGAUAACGGUCAGCUUGAGCAGGCGUUUAGUGAACAUGGGAAGGUGGUAGAUGCACGCGUCAUUUAUGAUCGUGAAACUGGACGUUCACGUGGGUUUGGCUUUGUAACGAUGGCAAGUGAGACGGAAAUGAACGACGCUAUCGCUGCGCUAGAUGGACAGAGUUUGGAUGGGAGGGCAAUCAGGGUAAAUGUUGCAGAGGAUCGUCCUAAGCGUACCUUCUUUUAAAGGUUGCAGAGUAGCUGAUCUAUUUUCGGUUAACAAAAUCAUACGCGGAUUGGUGGGGGUGUGUAAAACGAGUGAAGAAACAACAAUGAAUCUCAACUCGACAAUGAAUAUUUUUAUUGAUCUUCAUAUAAUAAUUAAAUCGCCGAGUUGUUACUGAUUCAUGCAGUUUAUUAGUUAUCACAUUUAAUUUCUUA